AGAAUAACACGACUGUUUCUUGCAGAUUUUUUUUUCUGAAUUUUUCAUUUUUACAUUGGAGCUCAAGGUCAAUAAAGUUAAUAUAUUAUCAUACUGAUAGGUCAGAUGCCAUGGUGUCACCGUCUGUGACUUGGCCUGAUCUGUGCUGAUUAGCUGGAAGAAAUCCAUGUGGGUCUACGACCUCACAGAGAGACAUGGGGACCCUAUUUUGAUACCCACUGAAGUUACCAAAAUACGGUUCUUCUCCCGAUAAAGGGUUAACACACCUUCGCUCAUGUUGUGGCUGUAGUUACCAUGGCAACAACAAACGCAGUUGUGCUUGGCCAGACAAACUGCAGUUAGGUUGAUCAAAGUUGACACCAACCUUUAUUUAAUACUUCUUAAACUUAGUGUUUCUCUGCAAGUUGACGUCGAUUAUUAUAUUUAUUUUCAGUUACAAAGCUGAAUUCCGUUCAACAGGUUAGUUAGCUACCGUAACGUUGCAGGACUUGCAACUGUCCCAUGACGUCAGCUAGCGGUUAGCUUAGCCACCCAAGUCAAUUCUUCGACCAAGUGCAGGUGGACUUGUUAACAGCUUUGAAAGCUACCAACAGUGACCCGCUAAUUUUAGUGAAAACCAGCGAAAUUAAUCAGGAUGUCUGAGAUGGACGAAGAUGCAGUGUUGUCGGAUGUAGAGGGAGAUGAAGAAACGCUUCAAGGAGGAGGAGCAGGAAGGGGCGAGAAGGAACAGGUUUGCGUUUUGACCCAAGAAACCAUAAGCCAGGGGCUUUCAUUGCUGUGCCGAACAGGAAAUGGACUCGGACAUGCAUUUGUUAAAUUGGAACUGAAAGACAAAGGACUGAAUGACAUUGCUGCAAUCAGCAAUUAUGUUCACAUACGUUUUCUGGAUGUAUCCAACAACCACCUCAUUGAUCUUUCUCCUCUGACAUCUCUGACCCAGCUGCUCUGGCUAAAGGUUGACAAUAAUGCUGUGGCAUGCUUCAAAGGGCAGCCUUUUGCCCACCUGACUUACCUGCAGUGGCUGAGUAUGGCGGUGAACCGGCUGACAGACCUGGACGGCCUGGUCGGGCCUGCCUUGGAGAGCCUCAAUCUUUCAGGUAACGGUAUUCAAAAAUUGAAUGGCCUUCAGGGUGGCUGUUUUGCCAACCUGGUAACUCUAGAGCUGAGGGGAAACCAGUUGGAUACCACUGAUGGCAUCAACCUUCCCAACCUCCGGCAAUUAUAUCUGGCCCAAAAUGCUAUCAAGCGUCUGGAGGGUUUAGACAGGUUAGAGCGCCUCACCAUCCUUCACCUUCGAGACAACCAACUAGAAACUUUGGACGGCCUCAGCCCCAACAUGAAGUGUCUCAAAUACCUCAACGUCAGAGGCAAUGUAAUCUUAGAUGAGAAAGCCCUACAGUGCCUCAUGCUUGUGUCAAAAACUCUGCAAGCGUUGGUCCUUUCUGACAAUCCUCUGGUGGAAAUGGUGGACUACCGGCUGAGUGUACUAAUUGUCCUGCCACAGCUGGAGCGACUUGACAAAGAUCCUGUCUCCCCAGAGGAGACCUUUGAGGCCCGUGAGAGAAUUAAGGAACUUAAGGAAGAGGAAAUAUCUGGGCAAUAAGAUUUGCAAUGAUGGCCAGUAGAAGGAAGUGCUUGACUUACUUGAAAAUACAGGUUACGUGUGUAUAAGUGAUUGUCUUGUAUGAAAUGUAUUUUAUAUUGUGAGCAUCUUGCAUGAUGCAUUUUUUAUCUGUAAAUGUGUGCAUCAUGAUUGCUUAUGUCAUGUCAUUACACUAUUACAGCAUCUAUUUUUGGAAAAAUAAAGACUUUUAAAUGUU